GCUUGAGAAAGACAAUAUUUUCCUAGUUUCUUCUUCUAGGGUUGGAAGAAAUCGUGGAGAAUGGAGAGCUCCAGCGAGGCAGAAGAGAGGAGAUUAGCGGCGGCGCACGCAUUGACGCACUACUCUCCAUUCGCCAUGACUUGCAUCGGCGAGAGCGUUACUCCCAGCCAGCUGAGACUCCAUCUCCUCCAGGAACUCUCAGGAAUGCCAUCGACUUUGAAGACCCCCGGCCCCUCGGAGAUCCGCAACGCCCAGAGGGCAGUAGAGUUUCCCCCGCAAGAAGAAGAAAGAGUCAAGAAUUGAAGAUCUCUUCCAUGCCAAAAUCUCUUUUUGCAAAGCUUCCGGAUCGAGAUCGAGCCUAGCUAUGGCCUGGAGCUCGCCAUGACGAUCCCAUCGUUCUCCUCCAUGCCAAAAUCGUUUUUUUA